AGCAGGAGGCUGAGCUAACGGGGGAGAAACGGCUGGAGAGCAAAACAACAACGCCACCGUCCACACCGGAGCACGUACCGCUCCUUCUGGACAGAAACCCGCAGCUUUUGUCCUCUGUCCUGACCGGAGAAGAGGAGGAGGAGACGUCGGAGGAGGAGGAGGUGAAGCUGAAGCUGGCUAACGGGCUGAAAGUACCAGAUGCUAUUCCAGCGGAGCAGGAGGACGGUGAUGGGUUCUCGCUUCCCUGAGGGGUAACGUUAGACCUCGGCUUGGAAAUAACCCCGGACGCGGUGGAGUGAGAGGGGACCAGCUCUGCUUCUCCUUCGCCUCGGGGACAUUUUGUCUGAAAUGCGAGAGCAGUCGCGGUCUUGGCCGUCGAGCAGCUUCUGGGCCGCAGCUCGGCGCACCGAGCCCGAAUCUGGGAAGUAGCUAGCUAGCUCUCCGCUAGCCGCAGCUGUACCCGAUGCUGCUGCUGCUAAACGGAUACGAAAGGCAACACGAGCGGUUCAGGGACCUGGCGCAGAGCGAGCUAUUGUUUUACCCCACUGGACAACGACGGGCGUUUGAGAUGUGAUGCUUUUGUGUCUCGCAUGUGAGCCUUUUGUAGCUGGAGGCUCUCGCUUGCAUGACGCGAAGGAGCUAACGUUGCUGCAAAAUGCACAGCGGAACCACAACAGCGGGCUCCUGUUGAGGGGGGCGAGCUUGGACAGAUAGCAGCCCACCCUGGGUCGCUCAACAAUCGGGGUCACGUUUGGACAGCGAGCGCCACAUUGUCCUUCCUCCGUCACACACCGCUUCCUCGGCUGGAGACAUGGAUAAACUCACGAUCAUUUCAGGGUGCCUCUUUCUGGCUGCAGAUAUCUUUGCAAUAGCCAGUAUUGCAAACCCGGACUGGAUCAACACUGGUGAAUCGGCAGGUGCCCUAACGGUCGGUCUAGUCCGGCAAUGUCAGACCAUCCACGGCCGAGACCGGACCUGCAUCCCACCGCGGCUGCCCCCAGAGUGGGUCACCACACUUUUCUUCAUCAUCAUGGGCAUCAUCUCCCUCACAGUCACCUGUGGACUGCUGGUGGCAUCACACUGGCGCAGAGAAGCCACCAAAUACGCCCGCUGGAUUGCCUUCACUGGCAUGAUCCUCUUCUGUAUGGCGGCACUCAUCUUCCCUAUAGGCUUCUAUAUCAACGAGGUGGGAGGUCAGCCGUACAAGCUGCCCAACAACACAGUGGUCGGCUCCUCGUACGUGCUGUUUGUCCUCUCCAUCUUCUUCACCAUAGUGGGACUGCUGUUUGCCGGCAAAGUUUGCCUCCCGGGCUGAGGACUGGACAGUGCCCGCCUCUGGACGGACACAGGAGGCUCUGAAAAUGUAUUGGGAUUUACAAAAACACACAACGACUGAAAAUCAAAAACACCAAACUCUGGCCGGACGCCUGAAACAGGGAAUACUCUGCUUAUGUGUCAAGGGACCGCAGCAGCACGGAGUACCCAACGACUAAAAGAUGAAAGGAAUCAACGAACAAAAUAGUAGAGAGGGACCUGGGCACAAAGGGGUGGAGGAGAGAGAGAGAGGGCAGCUGAGGCUGUCGCAGCACCCUGCCACUGUUGAUUUAAAAUAUGGCCGUGUCUCUGUACUUGUUCUGUCUAAGGGUGCUUAAUGUGCCGCUGACAUGCCAACCGAGGCCACAAUGCUGGCGCACAUUUCUUGAGGACUGCUACAGCCACUCCUUGACUCGACUCCCCACUGCCCACCCCCCCGCCGCCCUCGGCACACAUCUGCGACGUCACGACUGCUCCUGUUGCUAUUUUUGGCUUCUCUUAGCUAUUUCAGUUGUGUGUUUUUCUGUUGUUGUACAUUUUGUGUUCCUUUUUUUUUUUUUUCUCCCCCCCCCCCCUGCCGACUUUCCACUGAAGUAGUUUGAGUGUAAUCGAGGUUCACUGAACUAGAUCUUUGAGGGGAUAUUUUAGGGGGAGGGGUUUCUGCCAGCUUGGCUUUAGAGCAGGGUUUCUUCUCGCCUGUUGCGUCCCAGGGCCCCAGGUGUGGUUGGCGAAAGCAGCUGAGGUCCCAGCUGUCUGGGCCGACUUAGGGCUGCUGUGGACGAGAGAGGUCGGCGAAGAUGCACCCCCUCUGGAUUGUCUCCAACCAACUCCAGCUCAGGAGCAGGUGACAAGGAGGGGUGACACCCGCGGGCAACAGUACGUGGAAGUCAAGUACCAUAAAGGAGAAUGCCACUCAAUGUAAGACCAACCAUACUUAUUUAUAUGGACAGCAAUAAUCUAUCAAUGAGUGUAGACGGCAUAACCCACGAUACUGAUGAACACCUUUUGCCAAUAACUAUUAGACUGUGAAUUUAGAGAGUAAUCACCUGGACAUAAACACACCUCUUGUAUUUGUAGAUAAGUUCAGGCACAAGCACAGUGACCUUCAAAGUAUUUCUCAAACAUGUACAUCUCUGUGGUGUUACAUUUAGGUGAACUUGUAUGACAGUAUUGACAUUUUCCAACAGAAGGUGUGUAGUUAUUAUUAAUGGUGUGAAAAUAACACUUUGGAUUGGUGGUAUUCUCCUUUUAAUGUCAGACAGGAAAGAGCCGAGCCAGGAGCAUUUGUUUUUUUGUUUUUGUCGGUGAAGGCAUUGGGACUGCCGGUCAGGUCCGUGCACGGGGCUGUGCCUCAUUGUGCUGCUCUUGAGGCCUGUGAAUGUAACAUACACACAAACACAUGAAAACACACAUUUACACACACAACCACCUCACUGUCUGCACCGUGUAGAUCCACACACUAGGGCUGAUACUAAUUGUUUCACUGUUUAUCACUGACUCUGCCUAUUUUCUUCUUUAAUUAAUUAAUAGUAAUUAAAUUGUCCGUUAAAGGUUCCUGCAGCCCAAGGUGAUGCUUCCACCAAAAGCCCAAAGAGGGAUUCAAUUUAUCGUAAAUGAUAAAUGUAAUUUUUUGCUCAAAAAUGUCUGAAAUGACUAACGAAUCACAAAUGUUGCACAUUUAAUUCAUUUCAUACUAAUAAACCUCAGAAAAGUGAAAAAAUGCCCAUCGCAAAACCAAAAAACCUGCUCCAGGCUCCAUAUUUGUUUUUUUAAUUCCAUUGUAAUUUUUCCAUAUUUUCUAACUUCAGGGAAAACACAGUGAUGUGCAGAGCAGUGUGGGUUUCAGUGCAAGUCCAGUGAAAUUAAAACUCUUCUCCAGAGCGCCAAGCUUUGUUCAGCUCACCAAACAUUUCAGUUACUCUGUCCUUCUUCAGGUACCCAAGGUUGUGCCUGGUUUCCUUGUUCCUUAUAACAACACUUUCAAGAUCCUUUAAAGACAAAAUAACUCAAUUCACUAAUUAUCAUAAAUAAAAAAUGUAAUUUGCAAACAUUUGUCAAAUAUGGAUCAAAUAUAAUCUAUUGACAAAGGAGAAUGAUCGUUGAAAGUUCUGGAGGAAUAAGCAUCUCUUUCGUUUUGUUUUACACAUUUGUACGCAAAUGUCCUGACAUGCAUUUAAUAUGGAAAAAAAAUGUGCUUCCUUCAGAUCCGACCAAGUUGUUCUCAACUAAUGAUAAAAUAUCAUUAUCGUUUAAUCUACUCGUCAUGUUCUCAAUUCAUCAAUAACUCACUAAAACAGUGAAAGGAUAGUAUAACUCUCGACUUGUUAUUUUCAGAUGUCUUGUUUAGUUCUGUUCAACAAAGAGAAACCCUCACAUUUGAGAAGCUGUAAUUUUUUUUACUAAAAUGAUUUUCAGUCAAAAGGAUAGUGUUAUUUCUUCCUUUGACCAACUAAAUUAUUAUCUAACUAAAAGUAGUUGCAUUUCGGCUCAAACAUAAAUGAAGAUAUGAAUUAAUAAGACGGUUUAAGAUGAAUUUAGUUUCACCUCCCCCACAUACACAGUAAAUCUCACACGUCGGUUCGUACUGUGCGUGUUGACACGCUACUGGCAGGCAGAUCUGGUCUUAAAAGGGUGUUUGUGUGAGUGUGUGUGUGUGUUUCUGUAUGUGUUGAAUCAGUCACAGAGUUCAGUUGCUAAGUCUUAAGAGUUUUGUUUGAUAUUUCUGUUUUCCUGCUCAGCUUUUCUCACUCAGUCUGACGAUGUAUACUGCUAAUCUGUACCCUCUGCAGUGCCCUGUCUUCGGGUGGUUCAGUAUUGUGCCAUGACAUGUUUUUGUUUGAUAGUGUACAGACACAAGAGGCAGUAUUUCUGUAUUAGGAAGCACUGUGCAUUCAACACUAUAGGUAACAGAAGUAGAAGCACCACACCUGUAUAAAAAAGAGAACUUCUUACCUCAUUGUUUUUGUUUCUGCUAUUAUUUUCUAAUGGUGGCAAUGUGUGCCCUCUAAUUUGUCUCUUGCCUUGAUCGGAUGUCUUCACAUAAAGCCUAUGAUCAUAGGAAAUUAUUUAUCACUGAAUAAAAAGAGAAAAACAUG